AUGCCCCACUUCAGCACGGAUGAUUACCACAAACUGCUUCAGAAAAUUGCAGUGCUAGAGACCAAAAUCAACCGAUUAGAAGCAAAUGUGGAUAGAAACGGACGGUGCGGGAAUGAAACAACAUCUUGUGACCAGAACCAUAACACACAGCUGAUCACUAUCGACCAAGAAGACUACGGAUCCUCCAAUGCCUCUUCUUCGGAUUCCCUCGGAGCUAAACCCAAAUCAUCUCACUGGAAUAUGGGAGGACAAGUAACAAGCAGAGCCCAGCACCCUAAGAUCUGUGAUGAGACUGGCUGGCCUAAACUAUCUUCAACACCUGUCCAGCGUAAGAAGCAGCCAUGGAUAGCUGCCAAAGGAGGCCCUAAAAUCAAAAACAAUCUCCCCCCGCAGCAGCCAUCCCUCUCACUGCACAACAGAUUUGCUCCACUGCUACGGAAUCCUGGAUCCUCAUCUCCGCAUAGCAGGGUAAGAUCUGAGAGAAAAUCAAAAAACGGGGAACCUCAAACAUUGAUUGUGGGUGAUUCUGCUAUAAAAGACAUACAAAACAUGAGCAAAAACAGCAAAGUGCUCUGCUUCCCCAAGGAUAUGGUCUGUGACAUAACAGGCAAAAUUCAGGAUAUAGUGGCCUCAUAUCCCUCUCUGACAGCUAUUGUGAUUCACUGUGGAGCUAAUGACAUUGUAACAGAACAAUCUGAAAAACUAAAACGUGAUUUCAGUGAACUAUUAAAAACAGUCAGCUCCCUGAAUGCUCAGGUAUUCAUCAGUGGCCCCCUUCCACCAAUCAAAAGAGGACAUAUGAGAUUUAGCAGACUUUUUGCCCUUCACCUCCAACCUGUAUCACUCCCUGCGUCACCCAUCUGUCAAGGACAAGAGACAAGAGGCAAAAAGACAUGAGAUAAAACACCACGGCCUUGACAGAGAGACGCCUCGGGCCCCCCCGAGCACAAAAAGCUUUGGUUCAAGCCAGAAGGAGGAGUCUGUACUUCUUCUACCACCGCUCUCCUUAGAGGACCCACCCUGCUCAAGCAAGGAGGAGGAAUCUCUACUUCCUGUAUGCCCACCUACCGAGGAAGACGUGCCCUGUCAAACGUCACCCAUAGCAUCCUCCUCCCUGGGCACACCAUCCCCCUCCUCCUCCCUCCUGGAUUUUCCAGCUGAACUGAGAGAACUGGAGAAUGCUGGAGUGAGACUUAGCGGCACGCCUCUCCACCACUCCAGCCACAGGACCGUCCUCCCCCCUCCAAACCCCCCAAAUCGCCCCAAAUCCACCAAACAGCAACGUGCCCCUCCUCCUCCCCCACGACAAGGAGUACUGCAGCAUCCUCUCCCCCAGCGUGAUAAGAGCACAGGACUAACAGUGAGGAACACCUCGUUCACAAUAAGCUCUUGCUGA